CACUAGAGGGACGGAGCUGCAACUCAGUGUAGUCGGGCUCCACAGAAAAGGAGCGUGGUGCGUGCGUGCGUGUGUGACUGAUCGGUUCGUGUGUGUGUGUGUGAACAGCGUGCGCGCGCGUGUGUGUGUGCGUGUGUGUGUGUGUGUUUGUGUGUUCGUGUAUCUCUCUCUCACUCGGAUGUUUAGCAUGCAGCAGUUUGCGGUGUAACAUUUCCACUGUGGAUGGAGCAGAAGCAGGAGAUGAAACAGGAGCAGGAGAUGAAGUUCACCCGGAGUCACACUUCAACCCGUAAAGUGUUUUCUUGCUCCCACUGGAAGAGCAGCAUGUCGGUGUUGGUUGCUGCACUGAUGUUGUGUGUGUGUUUUCCGCACAUCGCCUCAUCCACACAGCUGGAGCCUGACAUGCCGAAUGUGUGCGAGGAGCAGGAGGUACAGAUGAUGGGUGUUGCACAGCCGUGUGUUCAGGCCUUCACACGCAUGGUGAAGGUGUGGAAACAGGGCUGUUCUCCCCAACGAUGGUGCAUGGGCUAUGAAAGGAGGACAGCCUACUUUACAGCCUACAGGCAGGUGUACAGCAUGGAGCUGCAGACCGUUUAUAAAUGUUGUCCAGGGUGGACACAGAGAGGAGACGAGAGAGGAUGCUUACACAGACUGUGUUCUGCGGAUACCUGCUUUAACGGAGGCAGGUGUGCACACACAGGGGAUGAAGUGUGCGAGUGUCCAGGUGGUUUCCAGGGAACACGUUGUCAGUAUGAUGUGAACGAGUGUGAGAACUCAAACGGAGGAUGUGAGGGAACAUGCUGCAACACCAUCGGCAGUUUCUACUGUAAAUGCCCUGAGGGCAGCACACUCGGACUGGACGGCAGAACUUGCCAGGAUAUAGAUGAGUGUGAGGAAAUGAACGGCGGCUGUCAGCAGAACUGUGUCAAUACACUCGGCUCGUACUACUGCGAAUGCAGCGAGGGUUUCCGCAUGCACGCGGAUGCUCGCACAUGUAUUGCUGUGAAGUCUUGUGCGGUAAAAAAUGGAGGUUGUGAGCACAAGUGCCUGGACAUUGGGGAUGAACACUAUAGGUGUGAAUGUCCUCCUCAGUACCGGCUCAAGAGCGAUGGCAAACACUGCGAGUUGAAGGACCCAUGUUUGAAUGGUAAUGGUGGAUGUGCCCAGGUAUGCAUUAAUGAUAAUGGAAUCCCAGAAUGCAGCUGCAGACCAGGAUACACACUCACUACAGACCGCAAGAGAUGCGACGACGUGGAUGAGUGUGUAUCCGGCUGGACCGGGUGUGCUCAUGCCUGCGUGAACACUCCGGGCUCCUUCAGGUGUGUGUGUAACCCUGGAUUUGAGCUUGGUGUGGAUGGGAAGCAAUGCUAUCGUAUUGAGAUGGAGAUAGUGAACGGCUGUGAGAAGGAUAACGGAGGCUGCGCACACCAGUGUGAACACACCAACAUCGGCCCUGUCUGCUCCUGUAACCGCGGAUAUGAGCUCGCUGAUGACCUCAGGAUGUGUAUAGACACUGAUGAGUGUGAAACUGAAGAGUCAUGCUGUCUGCACGACUGUAAGAACUACGCAGGAGGGUACGAGUGUAGCUGCAAGCCCGGGUACACACUCGGCGUAGACGGCUGCUCGUGUAAUGACGUUAACGAGUGUUCGCUCGAGACAUCAGGCUGUAAUCACUACUGCAUCAAUAUGCCCGGGUCCUACGAGUGUUUCUGCAGGGAGGGCUUCCGGCUGGACCACAACCAACACACCUGUAUACCUCUUUAUGAGAGUCGUCUUGAACCUGAAGAAGAGGAUGAGCCAGGGGGCGAUGAAGAAGAACUAGAAGUGCUCCGUCUUCCUGACCUGCUGUUCAGACGACCCCCUCAGCUCCUGCAAUACACCGCCGCACUACACUCACCUUACGACGCUGAAGACACACACACAUCCUACUCGGGACACACACGCAGCCGAGAACAGAGAGGAGAACUAACCGUGAUUAGCACGAUCAUGUGUGUAGCAGGCUCAUUUGGUGAAGACUGCAGUGUUAGCUGUGAGGACUGCACUAACGGCGGUGUGUGUGGAGAGGAACGAGAUCGCUGUGUUUGUACACCUGGCUGGACCGGUAUCACCUGCAACCAGACAUGUGUGGAUGGGACGUAUGGUGUGGGCUGUAACAGUGUGUGUGCAUGUCAGAACGGUGGACGCUGUGAUCCAGUAAGCGGAAAGUGUCUCUGCCCUCCUGGAGUCCAAGGCCUGCACUGUGAAGAUGGAUGUCCUCAGGGUUUUUUCGGGAAGUUCUGUCGGAGAAGAUGUCACUGCCCCAAUAAUGGACGCUGUCACCGCGUGUACGGAGGCUGUUUCUGUGCGGCUGGACGAUAUGGAAAAUUUUGCCAUCUGUCGUGUCCCAGGUGGACGUACGGCAGUGGAUGUUCGCACGACUGUGACUGUGUUCAGGAGAAUUCGCUCAGAUGUGAUGCUCAAAACGGGUCGUGUAUCUGCAAACUUGGUUACCAUGGCGACCGCUGCCAGGCAGGAUGUGAUGCUGGUUUUUACGGCACUGAUUGCCACCAACGCUGCGACUGUCCUGACGGGGCGUCAUGUGACCCAAAAACGGGAAAAUGCCCAGAAGAGUGCCCUCCUGGAUUUCAUGGAGAGGAAUGCCAACUGGGGUGUCCCGAGCGGCGGUACGGGCCGCAGUGUGAGGGAGUGUGCGAGUGUGUGAAUGGAGUCUGUGAUCAUGUCAGUGGAGCCUGCAACUGCACGUCAGGCUGGACUGGAACACACUGUGAAAAGGUGUGCGUACAGGGCCGGUAUGGACCGAACUGUUCCCGUGUGUGUGCGUGUUCCGGACAUCAGCAGCUCUGUCACCAUGUCACAGGCAGAUGCACCUGCCCACCUGGUUACUACGGCAACCACUGUCAACUCAAAUGCCGAGAAGGAACGUUCGGUCCUGACUGCAAAAAGAGAUGCAGGUGUGUCAAUGGGGGACGGUGUGACUUCAAGACUGGAACGUGCCUCUGUCCUCCAGGUUAUUUGGGAGCCAACUGCAGCACUAGUUGUCCAGCAGGGAGCUAUGGUAAAGACUGUGCUAAAGUGUGCGAGUGCGGCGAGGGAGGACGGUGCCACCCGGUGACCGGGAGGUGUAACUGCACGUCUGGGAGAAUGGGUCAUUCCUGCCAAGAAGUGUGUCCUAGGGGGCGCUAUGGAGCUCAGUGUCGUGGUGUGUGCACGUGUGUAAACGGAGGUGUGUGCGACCCCGUUGACGGAACAUGCAGAUGUGGACUAGGCAACACCGGCACACACUGCCAGGAAGUGUGUCUCCCAGGCUGGUACGGAGCUAACUGCGAACAGGAGUGUGUGUGUCAGAAUAAUGGCACAUGUGACCGCAUUACAGGCUCCUGCUCCUGUGCACACGGAUACUACGGCCCCGCCUGCCAACACCAAUGCCCUGCUGGGUUUUUCGGCGCGCUCUGCUCAUAUCACUGCAACUGCACUGACGCUGGAACGUGCGAUCACGUGACGGGACACUGCACGUGUCCUCCAGGCUACACCGGCGAGCGCUGUGAGAAACGUUGUGCAGUGGGCACUUUUGGUGUGGGGUGUGUACACCAGUGUAAGUGUGUAGAUGGUGUCCCUUGUGAUCCAGUUACAGGCCGAUGCCUUUGUCCCCCAGGAAGGACAGGGGAGUACUGCGAUAAAGAGUGUGUGAGUGGGUCAUUUGGACCUCAGUGUUCUCUACAGUGUCACUGCGCUCAUGGAGGUCAGUGUGACCAGCGAAACGGACGCUGUGCGUGUUCAUUCCCCUGGCAUGGACCAACUUGUCAGGAUGAGUUUAGUUUGGCUGUCUCUCUCCCACCAAAGAGACGGAGAGGCUUGUAACACAACGCUCUUCUACGGCUGCCGGAAAAACACACACCCACUUAUUGCACAUUAAUGGACACUUUAGACUUUGUGUGUGUGUGUGUGUGUGUGUGUGUGUGUGUGUGUGUGUGUGUGUUCUGUGGUGUACGACUCUGCAACCACUCUGUUCAUCAGUUGUGUGUAUGAAUGUGAAAUUGAAUGUGAUUCAGCCAUGCACUAGCUUCAGACCAGGAAGAUAAUAUAUGUGCAUUUUAUAUGUGCACACGUGUGGAAAUGUGUGUGCAUACAUUUUAAGGGAUCCUGUUCUUUUAAACCGUAGUAAUCAAAACGUGCAUCAGCCCGUACAGCCACAAGAUCCAUGCAGUUUUACAUUUUACAAGCCACACGCACACACACACACACACACACACACACACAUGCAACCUCGGCCUUUCACUAAAUCCAAACACAAAUGCAAUAUAAAAAAAUUUUAAAAAUGAAAAAAAAAAAAACCCACUCACACUGUCACAAGAAGGUGCUGCACAGGUACAUUUCUGUUCCCUGAAGUACAAACAACGUAAGUACCUGUUUAAAGGUACACUAAUGGUUCCGUUACGUUGUUCCUCUACAACUGCUCCUCUGAGUGAAGCCAUAAAAGACGUAACCCUUGAGAGUACCACCACGCGGAUGAACAUUUAUCCCUUAACACCCUAGUUUAACAUAUAGAACGUAUUACCGAAUGUUUUAAAUGAUAGUAACGAUUCUAAUAGAAGCAGGACUUUAUACUGUCGAGCUCAAGCCCGAGGGCUAAAAUGAAUCCGAUCCAUGUUUAAUCAGUUAGCAGAACGAAUGCACAUUUGGUCAGUAGAUCUCAAACAAUAAAGCAAACGAAGUGCUAGUAGACGUUAAAACAAUUCUCGGUUGUGGAAGAGUGUGUGGAAGGGCGAUUAUUGUUUUUCCUAUCAUGUACAGCAAAAGGUAUUUUGUUCUAGAAAAUGUGUGUGUGUGUGAGAUUGAAGAUAAAUUAGCAGUAUUAAGUAUCAGAAAUGUGUAUUUGUGUUUGAAACGAUGAUUGUGGCAGCGUCCAGUCGCGCCGCAGUGAACGGCUUUCAGGCUCUUUAUGUAUUUCCUGUGAUGUGAUUCCUGAGACAAGCGCGGCUGAUAUCCAGUUACUCGGCACGUUGUCUGAGUGACGUUGUGUAAAUUGUUAAAAGCGAGCUGUCCGGUUCAGUCCGAUUGCUGUAAACGAAGCCUCCGCUUACACGCCAAACAGCUCUAAUCCGUAAGCCUACAAAUGGCCCGUCCUCGUACUGUACUUUCAACAGGAGAGUGUAAAAAAUGAGAUGUGAAAGACGGACGUACUUUGUCUCCUGUAAUACUCGUGUUUACUUUUAAUUAAUCUCAAGCAGUCAGGAAACACAAAUACUGUCCCGUUGAUCAAACCUCUCGGUGAAUGAAAUGGUGCUACGGUGAAGAAUUAUGAGGUUUGAAUUAAAUACUGUGUUUUUUUUUCCUUCUCCCUUUAA